AUGCACAAACACAAGAGAAUGGAUGAGCACUACAACAGGAAAGAUGCAGGUAAAGCACUGCAGCAAUACAUCAUAGAUAGCAUGAAGACUAUGACCCACCAUCUUGCGAUCAAACCCCAGAACAAAUGGCUCAACAAGACAACUGUCAUAAGCAUGGACAGGGAGAGGACUUGGCACAUGGUCCAGACUGAUAGUGACAACCAACUGGAAGAAGUGGUCUUCAAACUGCAAGGUAUACUGGUGAAGAAGGAUCUAUCACCUGUAACAGAGGUACCAAUAAAAGAGAAUUAUGCCUUUCUACAGCAAUACGUACAAAUUAUCAGGUUGGGAGGAGAUGCUUUCAAGGAUACUGCUGACUCAAUAAUGGAGGCACAGCUAAUUGACCUUGCACUGGACAUAAGCAAUAGGUAUUUUGAGACAAUGAAGACUCACCCCCAAGAACAGGCUGAGUUUGAGCCAGGCAUGGACCCCAAGGGAAUACUCGCAGCAGCUGGUAUCAAGAGGAAUCUCAUCCAUAUGGAGGACAAGAAGGUUUGGUUCUACAUGAGCAAGGUUGACGAGAAUGGGGAGAGAAAAUUCAUAAUGACUGAGCCACAGAUAUUUAGGAUAGGAGACAUAGUUGAAGUGCAACUUUCUAUCAUCGCUGUAUUGAUGAAGAAGUUGCAAAGAAAACUCAAGCUGAAACUGAGGAUGGUGGCAAUGAUCAAUGAGAGUUUCACCAAGGAGAGAGCCAGAGUGAUGCAUAAGAAUGCGAUUAUGGACAAGGCAGAGAUGAAGGUGAGAGGUAAUGCAGCUGACAAACAGAGGACCAGCCUCAAGUGCAAGGUGGGAUAUUAG